CUUCCAUCCAAUAAACCACUUUACACCCUUCACUUCAGCAAACGUCUCCCCGAGAAGAAAACCAAAAUGGCCGACAAACUCCGCACAAUCCAGAAUCUGGAGGCCAUGCAGGCCCGCUAUGUCGGUACAGGCCACGCAGACACCACCCGCUACGAAUGGGUCUCCAACAUCGUCCGCGACAGCUACGCCUCGUAUGUCGGUCAUGCGCCUCUUCUAUCAUACAUGGCGGUUGGUAUGGGCGAGCCCAAGGAGAAAGUGCGCGCGCAGAUGAUUGAGAAAAUGGUGAGGGGGGCUGGGAAUCCACCGGAGACGCAAGAAUAACGAAUUGUUUGUGGUUUCGGAAUCUUUAUAAUGGGUUGCAUGGGCGCUUGGGGCGUCUUUCCUGCUCGCUUUGCCCUGAGCGAUCCAUCUCGUGAGUCGUUCGCGCGCCUACGCUUUUACGACUUAUUGGCGAUAACUCUUUUUUUUUUUUUUUUU